AUGAUUCGUGUUGCUCUGCCAACAUCAGCCGCAGCGAUUCCCAGAUCCAUCUCAACAUCGGCCAGUGAAACCAUAUCUAAAAACCAGGAAGAAGAAAUUAGAAGAAUUUGGCGAAAGGCGGAAGCAGUAUGUUUCGAUGUCGAUUCUACAGUAUGCCAAGAUGAGGGAAUCGAUGAACUGGCUGCCUACCUGGGCGUCGGUGAAGCCGUCGCCAAUGUGACUCGAACGGCGAUGAACGGCAACGCCCGCUUCAGAGAUGCUCUUGCUGCCCGUCUCCAAGUUAUGAAACCAAACAAUCAACAACUAGAGCAAUUCGUGAAUAUCACAAAACCAAAGUUGACCGUCGGAAUUCGAGAACUGGUCGGUCGUCUUCAUGCACGCGGAACUCACGUCUAUCUCGUUUCUGGGGGAUUCAGAAGACUCAUACUCCCUGUCGCCGAACUUCUCGGCAUCGAAAAAUCCCGAAUCUAUGCCAAUGAAAUCCUUUUCGAUAAGCAGGGUAACUAUCACGGAUUCGACACUUCUGAAUUGACAAGUGAUUCUGGUAGCAAAGAAACUGGAAAACCAGCGGUCAUCGCAUUGCUCAAAAAGAAGUUCCAAUACAAAACAGUCGUGAUGGUUGGUGAUGGAGCCACAGACGUUGAAGCAGCUCCACCAGCUGAUGCUUUUAUCGGAUUCGGUGGAAAUGUGGUUAGAGAAGGAGUGAAAGCCCGUGCCAAGUGGUAUGUGACCGACUUCGAUGUAUUGCGGAAGGAUCUUGAGCAUGAUGACUCGGAUGACGAAUAA